CCAUUCUUACAUUGCUUCAGUCCAUCUGUGGUUGAGAGGCCAAAGGCCUGGGACCCAUUGGUGACCAUUACUGGCUACUGGUUUUUAAAUGAAAAGCCUGAAACUAUCCGCAACAAGACACCAGAGGAUGAGAUCCCUCAAGGUCUAGAACAAUUCAUCCACAGAGCAUGGGGCAAUAGGAAGAAGAUUGUUUAUAUUGGAUUUGGAUCUGUCAUAGUUGAAGACCUACCAAAGAUGACCAAGACCAUUGUAAAAGCAGUGAGUGAUGCAGAGGUCUAUGCAGUUGUCUCAGCAGGCUGGUCAGGACAAGAAUCAAAGGCUUCAAAUGAGAAAGGCCCUGAAGUGGUGAAGAAGAAUGAGCUUUUUACAGAAAAUAUGUUCUAUAUAAAAUCAGUUCUGCAUGAUUGGCUUUUCCCUAAGAUUGAUGCAGUGGUACACCAUGGAGGAAUAGGAACAACAGCUGCCAGCUUGAGAGGUAUGUACUCCAACAAUUCAACUUCUCUAUUGCAAGUCUAA